CGCUCUAUGGCUAUCCUCCUCAGCUCUGGUUCCAUCACCAAGCUUGAGGUUGUGGCUUCUUCCUCUUCAUCAUCAUCAUCUUCUUCUUCUUCUCAAUCACAGCAGCAACAGCAACAGCCAUCGCGCAUUAUUAAGAUGAGGCCUAAUAAACUCGCAAACAAAAAGCAGCAGCAGCAGCAGCAACAGCCGUCUAUUUUGGAAAUUGAACGGGCCAUUGGUGCCGGCAUUUUUCGGGAGAGAGACGUGAACAGUGGAGCAGAUGGAGAGAAGACAAGUCUGUUUGAUAAUAUACUGAGAAAUUCAGUUGGGAAGAAUGAAGGGUCUGUGGAGAAGAGGCUGAGGGAGACUGGGGAGUGGCUUCUUCAUCAAACUGAGACAACAUCUCGCUCUGCUGGGAAGCAAAUCUUGACGACCAUAUUUGUUUGGAUGAUACCUCUGUGGAUAAGUGCAUUUCUUGUGGCUACUGGCCUCCUUUCCCUGCCCUUUGACGCCCCAUUUCUCGACGAUCUCAUUUCAUGAACACAACUUUGUAAUUUCAUGCUUUUCCAUCAACCUCACUUAUUAUUAAACUUCGUGCAUAAUUUUAGGGAGUACUUACCUCACAUUAUUGAUAAGAUACAUGAUUCAGUGUUUUAUCU